UUGAAACAGUUGUUUUAGCACAUUAUUUCCACGUGAAGUUGGACGCAUUUUUCAUUUUCGGCAAAUAUAUUUAAAAUAUUGUUGAUUGUUUUGAAUUUAUGUGGUGGCAGUAAUAACAAUCACAAUUAUAAUAUCUUGUCCUAAAUUAUAUUUGCAGUUCGAAGGCACUGUGUAUGAUUGGCAGCAAGUGCCUACGUGAAAAUGGAAAAUUAUACACAAGUUGAUGAUUAUGGUGGCGACAUAUUGGUGAAAAACGAGUACCUUGAGUAUAAUGAAUCCAUUGAGACCGGAUAUGAAAAUGAAUCGUUGAUUGAAUAUGUUGAAGAAGAGGAGGUGCAAAAUUACGACUAUGUCGAAGGUCAUGCGAAAACGCACACACUCACAAUAAAAGCCAUGCUAAUAGACGGACUACAUCAAAAAGUGUAUCGUUGUUUAGAAUGUGAUAUAGAUUUUGCUACAAUUGAAGACUUUACCAAGGUCCAUCAAGAAAUGCAAACAAAGCGUCGUCUUUACCAAGCAACUGAUCAAGUGGCUGAUACCGAAUCAUUUCAGAGCGAAAAUUUAAGCAAUGAACAACCCAUUCUUGCGCACGAAGGUGAAGACUGGAUAAUUGUAAAAGAAGAACCAAUUGAUACUAAUGAUAAUGGAGAAAAGUAUAUAGAAGUUACUGAGAAUAUUGCAGAAAGUGUGGAGAUUACUGAGGGCAUCGGCGAAUUGCUUUCAGAAACAGAUUUACAUUACGAAGAUCAGAUGGCACAAGAGAUAGCCGAAGAUGAGGAUGAUGGUGAAAAGUAUUUUUGCUGUGAUUGUCAAGUUGUAUUUAGUGAUUUGGAAAGUGCGGAGCAGCACGUUUGCAGCGCACUUAACACCGCUACAUUGGAUGCAGAUUCAGCAGGAGGCAGUAUUGCAGAGCAAAAAGGUGAUGAUAACAUAGAUUAUGAAGAGCAGAGCGAGACUUCAACAAACAAAAUAGCUAGUAGUGAUGCUAAGUACCAUUGCCUGGAGUGUGGAAAAAAUUUUAAUUCUCUACAAGGUUUACAAAUACACCUUCGCAGUCAUAAAACCAAACAAAGAAAGACAAAGAGCAACGUGCAAGAGGUAAAGGAGUUAAAAAGCACGACAUGCCCAAUAUGUAAUACCACAUUCAGAUCGUAUAAAAAUCUUAAGUUGCACAUGAAAAUGCAUGAUGCACAACAGAUGCGUACUAUUGAAGAAGCAUUACCCGCUGGUGCCAAAGGGCAAUACAAUGACAUGAAUAAGUUCUUUUGUGAAAUUUGCAAUAAGAGCUUUGAACAAAAUUUACUUGGUAUACAUAAAAAUAUGCACCAACAGGCGACUGAGUACAAGUGCGGUAUCUGCAAUCGGGACUUUGAGAAUAAAACUAGCUACGAUAUGCAUAUGCAAAUGCACGCUGAAAGACCGGUGAAACCUCGUAAACAACAAUUCAAAGCAGCUAAUACCACUGGCAACGAUAAGCGUGAUGGUCGCUUUGCAUGUCAAUAUUGCGGGCGAACCUUCCAGCGGCCAUUCGAAAAAGUACGUCACGAGCGCGUGCACACUGGCGAGAAACCACACGCGUGUGAAGUGUGUGGCAAAACCUUUCGUGUAUCUUAUUCACUUACGCUGCAUCUACGCACACACACCGAUAUUCGACCAUUUGUGUGUGCAACUUGCAAUAAGCGUUUCAAAUCACAACCGGUAUAUGCGCAUCACCUUCGCACUCACGAAUCGGAGCGCGCCUACAAAUGUGAAACGUGUUCGAAAACGUUUCGCACGUCGGUCCAACUUGCUGCGCAUCGAAAUAUUCAUUCUAAACCAUACAAUUGCCCUGUAUGCAAUCGUCCCUUUGCUUCAUUGUACGCUGUGAAAAUACACAUGAAAACGCAUAAUAAGCAAACCCGCUCCGGCGAUGCUACUAAAUAUAGUUGCUAUGUAUGUGGCGCGGAAUAUGCGCGCAUCUCUGCAUUACGUUUGCAUAUGAAAGAUUUUCACUUUAUCGAUUUUGAUACGAAUCAGUCGUUAGAGUUAGACGAUGAAGUGAUUUCGGCCGAUGAACAAAAUGCACAAGAAAACGAAGAUGAACAUGAGGUGGAUCACGAGGCUGCUGUGUUGAUAGCAGCGGCUGCAGAAGCCGACUGUGCGGCUUACAUGGAAACUGUAACAGCUCAAGCUCCAGAUGUAUACGAGGUGGCGCAACAAAACGACGAGGCGAGUUGGUGAUGUGAUUUAUUAAAAUACAAAUUUUAAACUAAUUUAUUUGUAACUGUUUAGCUGAUUGUGGACAACUACCAAACAGAGGAGAUUGUGUCUGAUUGGCUAUCGAAGUAAUGUAUGAAGAAAUUCAUACUUAUCAAGAAUAGAACGGGACAUAUUUGGAGUCUGCCCUUUAUGUGAAGAAUCGCAGCAUGAUACUAAAAAGCUCUUCACAUGCCCACUUAAACAAACUGAUCUUAUACCCCUUUCUCUCCGGUUCCGGAGCCAUUGAAACAGCGUGUUUUUUGGGCUUACCGUUAGUUGUCCUUUUUGACAACUUUUGGUAGUGCAUCUAUCUAGGCGGAGCUUAGUAAAGCUACAACAAUAACUGCAAUAAGUUCGAUUUAGAAUUAUUAUAAGUUCAUAAAUAAAUUAAAUAUAUUAAAAUAAAUUAUUAACUACAAAAAAAUUAAGAACAU